AUGAACUCCGUCACAAACACCGCUGAAGGAAACACUCAAAUGACUGAAGAAAAUACUCAAACACAGUCACAAACUACUGAAAGAGCUUUAGGACAAGCAGAUAAUGAAGAUCAAAUUAUUACAUCAAAAGGUGAAGAAGAGGGGGAUGAAUCAAAUGUUGAUGGAUCAAGAAAGAGAAAAAAAUCUUUAGCUUGGUUACAUUUUGAGAAAUUGCCUCCAGAGCAAUGGAAAAAUGGAGAACCAAGGGCAAAGUGCAAGUAUUGCCCAACAACAAUUGCCUGCCACCCUACCACACACAGGACAAUGGAUAAUGCUUCUUCAAAUGACAUUGCAAUAUCAACUUUGAAAGAUGUGUUGAAACAUUGGAAUGGUCUAGUUUGCGAUGGGGAGUUCUUAUACUUGCGUUGUUGUGCACAUAUUCUGAAUCUUAUUGUUUCUGAUGGUGUGAAGGAGAUACAUAGGUGUAUUAAAGCAAUUCAGAAUGCCAUUAAAUAUGUAAGAUCCUCACCUGCAAGGUUUCGUAAGUUUAAGGAUCUAGUGGAAAAAAUGAAAAUUGAUUCGAAGAGUCUAUUAAGCAUGGAUUGCCUAACAAGGUGGAAUUCAACCUACAUGAUGCUGGAAAAUGCUAUUAAAUUUAGUAGUGUUUUUGAAAGAAUGGCAAAAGAAGAUAGGGAUUACACAAACCACUUCUUGGAGAAGAAUUUAAUUGGUCCUCCUGAUGCAUAUGAUUUGAGACAAGCUAAAGUUUUCUGUAGCUUCUUGCAAGAGUUUCAUGACAUCACAUUGCAAUUUUCUGGAUCAACCACUGUCACCUCAAAUAUAUGCUUUCAAAAUAUAGUUGAUGUGUUUACUAUUCUAAAUGAGCAUGCAAAGGAUCCUAAUUCUUUACUAUGUGAGAUGGCUAUGAGGAUGAAGAUUAAGUAUGAUAAGUAUUGGGGUGACUUGCAAACUCUUAAUCCUCUUUUGGUGAUAGCAGUGGUACUUGACCCCAAGUAUAAAAUGAAAUAUCUCACCUUUGCCAUUGAGGAGAUGUUUCAAAGCCAAGCACAACGUGAACACAUGUUAAAAAUAGUCUCAACCGUCUUGUAUCAAUUGUAUGAUUGUUAUUCGGGUGGGCUUGACACAUCUCAGUUUCAUAUGCAAAUUCAAGGACAAAGGAAUAGACAAGUUGUAAGUGAAACUACUACUGCAUCUACCUAUGCUUCAGAACAAUCAGGCUCAACUAUAACUUCUGUGCAUCGUAAGCGAUUAGCUCAAAGGUUUGUUGCCCGAUUUGAGACUGAGACUCAAUCAGAUAAGUAUGCAGAGGUGGAGAAGUAUUUGCAAGCUGAGUUAGUUGAAGCACAUGAGCUUGGCUUUGAUAUUUUGGCCUGGUGGAACCUUAAUGCUGUGAAGUACAGAGUCCUUUCAAUGAUUGCAUGUGAUGUUUUAGCCAUGCCCGUGUCUACUGUGUCUUCAAAAUCUACAUUUAGCACGGGGGGUCGUGUGAUUGAUGACUUCAGGAGUUUAUCCCCAAAAAUGGUUGAGGCAUUAAUUUGUACACAAAAUUGGCUAUCUCCAUCAAGAGUGAAGCUGAAAGGACUAGACAUUGAUAACUUCAAUGAAACUGAGAUUGCAGCACAUGGUAAUAUCUAUCUUUUAGUAGCAUUUGAUUGA